AUGGCUCCCCAACAUGAUGGAAAAAAGAGAAAAGGCCGCUUCCCCCAUCCAACUCGUUCGUCGACACAAACGUACGACGAAUACGAUACAGACGACGAUGACAACGAUAAUGACGAUUCGCCGUCGUCGACGGUCUCUAGCACUUUCACUGGAAUGCCAAUAGUAGACUCCCCGUGGAUCAACACGAAGAUAUCGGCUGAGCCCACUGCUACGGACUACCAAACAAGGUCAAGAUCGUCUGGACAUCCUCUCUAUAACGGUCCUACACCAGGAUUACCUUCAGAUUGGCCAAAGCCGUCGAGCUGGGAAACUUCAACAUUUCCGCCUGCCCAAUCAGAUAACCUGAAGUCCACAACUCCGCCAGCGUCACCAACCAUGAUUGGAAGCUACUCGUACACGCCACUUUCUUCUGGCACAGGUAAUGAUAUUGGUGGUCCACAUCCUGAUCAGCCCUGGACGCAAGAACACGGCAAUAAUACAACACUCUAUGCUGUUGCCUCGAUUGUUCCUGCUGUCUUGUUAGCAGUCGUUGGUAUCGUCAUUUGCGUAUGUUUACGUAGACGGAAGCGGCGAAGGGAAGAAGAUGCCAAAAUCACGAUUCAAGAGAUGAAAAUCCAUGCCGAGGCCACUGUACUAGAAUACGUCGUACCUCAAGUCACUGCGCGACGGGCCAGCUCAUCGAUUCCACUGCCACCCACUUCCACACCCAGCCAGCUUCAGCCUGUCAUCAUUGGGCCGAUCUUGUCUAGCUCAAACGGUGCUUACAUGACGGGCCUGGACACGUCUGACAUGGUCUCGAUAACUUCGAACAAUGUACGACCUGUAGAUCCAUUUGCAGAUAAUAACAGUCUGGAGGAACCGCCACCACCCUAUCGACCUCGCAGCGUCGCUCCACCCAGUUUUGUCUCAACAUCACGUCAAAGCAGCCUCCGAUCUCACGACUACCCACCUUCGACUUCACAAACCCAACUUAUCGAACGCUCUCCCUUUGAAGACCCUAAUGAUGACGUGUCUGUGGGUUCCGGAUCGGCACAAGAGCGAAGCGACGACAGUACGUCAACGGUAACCGACAUGUCCUACCAGCAUGAUCCUAUGAUCAACCGGUCAGCAUUAUCAUGA